AUGCAAUUCAUCAAACUCCUUCUCCUGUCACUAGCAUACCUCGUCAGUAUUGCGGUUGCAGCCAACAGCGCGGAAUACGAGGCGCUAUCCAAGUUCAAAAAAGGCAUGCAGGCCGGACACGCAUAUGCAUUCAAGGCAGGCCCCAUUUUCGGACACCAGCGUCUUAUAGUCGCGAGGAUUACCGGAACCCCCGGGAAUCUUGACGUACAGGCAGAGAUGUUCCAGAUCUAUGCAGAUGCAGACACCAAUAAGAAAUUCCAGGCAAACAAGCCGGAGUGGGAUUGCAAAAUUGGGAAAUACAGGUAUAAGGGGGAGGUGGAUGGAAGCUUGACUUACACGGACAUUUCGAUCAAAGGCGAGGUUUUGCUCAUAGGGAAUACGGAAUACCACCUAGUCACGAACAACUGUAUCCAGCAUAUCAACAACCUGCUCAAGGCAAUCAAGACGCGCGAGGAAUUAAUCGAGCAACUUAGAGCCAAUCGAGAGAGGCGUAUGGCUCAUUCACCCUCUGAACCUGUACGGAGCACACUAUUGUCAAAUACUGCCACAUCUGAAAAGCAUAUCUCUCGAGGAAACUUAGCCAUGAGUAAUCCUCGGUAUGUUGGCAUGACUGAUGUAACCUACGACUUAGUAGUAACCCACGUUAUUUUGGCUGCACACUCUCCAAACCCAACAGCGGCUAGCGGUAGCGUUCUUGUUAAUCAUUGGGCCGUUUAUCUUCGAAUUUCAGAACGCCAAUCAAUUCGGCUCGAUAUGACCCUGAUGCCAGACACUCUUAUAGUAUCAAACUUGACAUACGAAUUGUCAAGUGGCGUGGUAUUCAGCAUCCCUUUCCCCGCUCAGCCGAACUUGACUGUCGGGGACGUUGUACGGGGAAUUCUUUACAAAGGCUACGAAAAGUAUCACUAUGGUCCAUCAAGACAUACACGUAAUACCUGCACUCUAAAAGUAACGGACUAUUUCAAAGAGCAAAGUUGGAUCGGCGGAACCGGACGCGAGACUUGGGAUGCUGUAUCUCAGACGUAUGAUCACAGAGGAAACCGAAUGGCUGAAACUCCAGAGAUGACACAGGGGACAUUCUACACAUAG